AAAGUAGAUACUAUGUUUCAACAAAUAUGCUACUAGAGCUGCUAACGUUUGGAAAGCAUGACAGGAAACGACCACAAAGUUGUUCAAAUUUUUAGUAUUAAUGUUGAAAGUGAUCGCGAUUAUCAAAGAUAUGCCUCUCGACGAAAGUCGUCAGUGGUCCGAGAAAUAUCGGACCGAAUUCACUCAGUACUGAACCGAGAAGAAGAUUACGUUGACCAGUCAAUUAAUGGGGUGUUUCGGUUCAAGAAUCAGCUAGACGUCAAAGAUGUCAUCCCUAGCAACGGUCAGUCCUCAGUGGAGGCACACCAUUAUCAGAGAAGAGGGAGUUCUGUUUUAAUUGAUCAAAACGAUACAUUACCAGGAAAAGACGACCAAAAAGCUAAAGAAUUCAGAAAAUGGUUCGUGUUUGUGAGCAGUUUUGUAAAUAUGUUUAUAACGGGUGGAUUUCCUUUCAAUAUGUCUGUUCUAUUUGUGGAGUUCUUGCAAGCCUUUGGAAGAACCAAGGCGGAGACGUCCUUGGUUCAGUCCGUUUGUACCGGAACUUUUUUUAUUGGAGGUUUGGUUACUGGAACCUUAGUUUCCAGAUUUGGAACAAGAAUCUGUGGAUGUUGUGGAGCUUUGCUGUCAGCUGUCGGAAUAGGAGUCUGUUUUGUAGCCCCUAAUUUAGAAUUUUUAAUCAUCUUCAUAGGAGUAAUGGCAGGUGCUGGAUUUUCUCUAAACGUGAUUUGUGCAUCAACGAGUAUAUCUCAAAACUUUUCUCAAAAGGAAAAGGUUAUGUUUCUGGCAAUAAUUUCUAUGGGAUCAGGCAUUGGUGCACUGAGCUUUCCGUUGCUUCUCCAGUAUUUUACACAUAUGUUUGGAUGGAGAGGAUGUCUUUUGAUCGUUUCUGGAAUUGUUUUGAACCAGUUGGCUUGCGGGCUUAUGUCCGGCCCAUCCUCCAGCAUAAAAACAUCUAAGAGUUCAGCAGAUUCUCAGGUUGACCUUGACGUUGAAAACGAGAACAAGGGAUCGCAAUGUAUCUGCCUUUAUAGAUUUCAAACAUUAGCAAAGAACAAGGUGUUCCUAGCAUACUGUCUUUCCUUAGCAUUUGUGUUGACGUCGUUUAAUGCAUUUUUGAUUUUCUUCGUAGACUAUUUUGAACAGAAAGGUUUCGAUAGAACCUCUGUAGUAUGGCUAUAUUCUGGGAUGAACAUCAUAAGUUCACUCUUCCGUUUUAUUCCUGGGUUAAUGGCCCAGAGCCCAACACUUCCAAAACUAGCCAUACCAGCAAUAUUUUCAGCAUGUGGGUCUGUCGCGCUUGCCAUUCUUCCUCUGAUGGAUACUUAUGUACUGAACGCCAUUGUUGUUGCGUGUUACGGCGCAGCACUUGGAGGAGUGGUGACGGUGAUAUCAAUUACGACUUUACAUCUCGUUGGUGACGAGAAUUACCCGACUGGAUACGGAAUGGUUCUAGCUGUUAACGGUAUCGCUAACACCAUUGGUGCUCCAGUGUCAGGGUAUUUUCGAGACAUCUCUGGGUCUUACAACUACGGAAUAUUGUCGGGUGCUGGAAGUUCCUUCUUGGCUAGCAUAAUAUUCACCUUGGCCGCAAUAUACCAUAAGCGGCAUGGCGUUGAUCCCAUGUCCAAAUUCAACAUGGAGAUAGACGUCCAGGCGCGCCGGAAAUCACGACGACGAUCCAGUAUCCUACCCUGGAGGAGAAGUGUUGACUUUGGAUUUGCUUUGUGAACACAAGAAAGGAUGCAAAGGGUUUAAGGUUCAUCGAUACGAUGAUAAGAGAGAUAACACUUAAUGGCAUAAAUUCUCUAAUUCCUUUAUAAAUCUGUCAAGUUUCUUUUUUUAUCCGUUUUGUUCAGCAAGCUAUGCUAUAAUUGUUAGUAAUUUACUUAUCAAAUACAGGUACAUCUAUUAAUAAUUUGGAAAAUCAUAAGAGGUGAAAGAAACAUUUUAUAUGAGUGAGCAGAUGGUUUACAUGUAUAUGUAGUUUAAAUCGGGAAAGGUGAAGCUGAAAAGAGAAAUAAAUUCUGCAAAGCGAAAAUUGUAUUAGCUAAUAAUAGUGUAAAUUCUUCUCAGGUAUUGAUAUUUUGGUAUACAUAUUCAUGUGUAGAAUCAACAGACAUUUUGCAUCCAUGAGUGAAAUAAAUAAAUAAGUAAUCAAGCACGAUACAUUAAUAAUUAAUAGAACAUAGUCUCAAAUGAUACAUAG